AUGACUUUAUUCGUCGCAUCCACUACAGCUCCAGUAAACAUUGCUACAUUGAAAUACUGGGGUAAAAGAGACAAAACUUUGAAUUUACCAACAAAUUCAUCCAUUUCUGUGACCCUGUCUCAAGAAGAUUUAAGAACGUUGACAUCAGUUUGUACUGGCCCUGAGAUUACAGAAGAUAAAUUGUGGUUGAAUGGUAGUGAAGAAUCAUUGAAGAGUGAGAGGACUCAAAAUUGUUUGGCAGAUCUACGUAAACUGAGAAUGAAGCUGGAAGAUGAAGACUCAAAUCUGCCUAAAAUGUCCAAGUGGAAUGUAGUUAUUGUAUCGGAAAACAACUUCCCAACUGCUGCAGGUUUGGCUUCAUCUGCAGCAGGUUUUGCAGCUUUGGUGAUGGCAAUUGCAAAGCUCUAUGAGCUUCCCGAUUCGCUCUCAGAAAUUUCAAAGAUUGCCAGAAAGGGCUCUGGUUCAGCCUGUAGAUCUUUACUUGGUGGUUACGUCGCUUGGGAAAUGGGUGAAAAAGCAGAUGGUUCUGAUUCAAAGGCAGUUCAGAUAGCACCAAUGGAGCAUUGGCCAAACAUGAAGGCAGCCAUUUUGGUGGUUAGCGCUUCGAAAAAGGACACGCCUUCAACAAGCGGUAUGCAGUUGACUGUGGGAACCUCUGACUUAUUUCAGCAUAGAAUUAAAGAUGUUGUGCCACACAGAUUCGUCGAAAUGAAGCAAGCAGUACUUGAGAAAGAUUGGCCAACAUUUGCUGAAUUAACUAUGAAGGAUUCAAACUCUUUCCAUGCUACUUGUUUAGACUCGUUCCCACCAAUCUUUUACAUGAACGAUGUCUCGAAAGGGAUUAUCAAGCUGUGUCAUUUCAUUAACGCUUUCUACAAUGAAACUAUAGUUGCCUACACUUUUGAUGCUGGUCCAAACGCUGUCUUGUACUACUUGGAAGAAAAUGAAUCGAAACUGUUUGCAUUUAUUUAUGAACUUUUUGCUGAAGUGCCAGGUUGGGAUUCCAAAUUUUCAAAAGAUGAAUUGACUCAAUUUCUCUCUGACUUCGAUUCAAAGAUCUCAAAUCAAUUGAAAGUCGAAUUGGAUAAGGAGCUGUAUAAAGGAGUGACUAAAGUCAUCUUGACCCAUAUUGGUCCAGGUCCGCAAUCAACUGACGAAUGUUUGAUUGACACGAAGACUGGUCUACCAAAAUAA